AUGAGAGUUGGCGUUUGUUUGGUGACAUUAUUUCUUGCUGUAGUGAAUGCUAGAAUUGAUUGUGGAAGCCGUGUGAAACUUGAAGUUGACUUUGAGAACAUCCAGUCGCAUGGAAUAUCUUAUAAGAAAGCAACCGUCAGGAAAACCACCCCAGUAAAUUUAGUUUUUAAUGUGAUUGCUGAGCGAAAGCCGAUAGAAAUCGAAUCAAUUGAUUGGACGUACAAUAAUGUGUCAAUCAAUAUUGGUGACAAUGAUAAUCAAGAUAUAUAUUAUUCAACUGAGAAAGUUAGCUCAGGUUUUACUAUUACAUUACAUAUGAAAGCGCCAACCUCCCGUGUUGCUGGGACCUGGAUUCUUACAGUAAAUGCAAAGGAUAAUUCUAAACAUGUUGGAUUUUGUUAUAUUUCGUCUCAACCUGUAAUUCGCUCGAGAUUUGGGGCUGUUCGUGGUCACGAAGGCAAUCCAUUAUCUGUUCUCUGUGAAGUUGAUGGCUUCCCAGAACCAAAUCAAGUUGUUUGGAGACGUGUAAUUGAAAAUGAAGAUGAUUCGACUAAGAAUAGGCUAGUUUCUGUUAGCAAUGCUAUGUUCAAACCGCAUGAGAGCACUAAAGAUGCUAUUAUGGAAUGGACUGAUGCUUCAGAUGCUACUGGAUUUUAUAUGUGCACAGCAACAUCAACAUUAGGAUCAGACAGUUUAUUGUUGGAAGUUCGUAUCAAAAGUAAAUUGGCUCCUUUAUGGCCUUUCAUUGGAAUUAUAGCUGAAUUGGUGGUACUUGGUAUUAUAAUAUUGAUUUAUGAACGUACUCAAGCUAAACGUCGUCGUGAAGAAGAACGGACUACGUUGUUAAAACAAAAUCCAACUAGUGAUCGAUGUUAAACAAAUCUGCUAAUUCCUUGUGAUUGAAUCACAUCUGCGUUUGUUCACCUCGUUCCCUAUCUUGUGGUUUUCAGCGUCAGUAACAGUCUCAUCUCAGUACUGUUUUCUUUUAAAAACAACAUUUAUUUGUUUGUUUGCUUGCUUUUUAUUUCUCUUCCUUAUCAAGUGGCAUAUGUUUGUACGUGUGUCUGUGUGUGUAUGCAAGUAUGCACGUGCUCAUGUUUGUAUCUAUGCCAUUUUUGGCAUUGACCCUUAAGUAUUCUCACAUUCAGAUUGGCAAGAGUAUUAGCUCAUUUGUACUCCGACUGCUGUUAUUAUUAUUAUUAUUAUUAUUAUUAUUAUCGUCGUUUUAUUUUUUUGUGCUGUAUUACUUAUUUCUGUGUUUCCAACAAAACCUCUUCACCAACUAAUUUACCUAAUAUAUUUACUUGCCUAUAACAAAAAAAGGAAAGGUAGUUUGUUUGUUCGUUUGUGUGUGUGUGUGUUUGUGUUGAAUACAGAUGAACAUUUGAAUUCUACACCUAUUCAUCUUCUCUAUACUAUGUAGUGUAAUGAAGAUAUACAACUUAUGUAAUCAUUGUUUGUUUUUUUCUUUAAUUAUUUAGUUAUAUCAUUAUUUUACCCUUAAAUGUAUAAUUUUAACUUGUAUCUGAUUUGUUCAUUAUAUUCAUUCAUUGUGACUGGGUUGUUUGUUUGUUUGUUUUUCUGUACUCCUUUAGAACAGCUUUAUCUUACAAUAUAAAGAUAAAUAAAUUAUAUAUUUAGUUACUGUUUCUUUCUCUAUAUUUUUUUGUUUGCAUAUCGUUUGUUGUUGAGUGCUUCUUUGAAAUAGACAUUUCUCAAUAUUUAUUGGGUAAGAUUCAUGGUUCGAGGGAGAAGUUGUACUGUCAAUCUUAUAGGGGGGUUUCACGGUAGUACAGUGUUUCUUUGGAGACUUUAUCUUGCCAUGAUGGAAGGUGGAGGAGGUAGAAAAGGUCGGCUCUAAACACAGCAUACUUUACUCCUCGGAUUUUUAUCACUGAUGGUUAGAUCGUGUGUAACUAACUUCAAGCAGUUGUUGUAUGGACUCUAGGGUCACACUCCCAGGCCCAAAAAGACCACUGCUAAUUCAGUUUCUUUUACUAUUAUUAUUAUGGCUUUAUUCAAUAUUAUAUUUUUGGUACAGUAUAGAAUUCUUAGCACAAAGCAUUUCAAAAAGGUUCCUUUUCUUAUUUCUUGAUCAAUCAUGACGAUAAAUAUUGAGUGAUCGCAGUUCAAGAAUCGACAUUUGAAUAAUGCUCAUUUUUUUCCAAUGUAUAUUGCCUGUCAGCCAUCACGAUAUCUCAGAUUGUACUUCUUUAUAAGUCGGAUAGCGAAAGGUCGUAAACUUUUCAUAAACACACCUUGAUAACUUGUGCGAUUAAUAAACAUAAUGAUGUGUUCAAACAAGCAAAAACCGAUAAGUUGUUGAAAUAUCUAGAUGAUAGCAACAGGUAGCCAGAUAUUCUAACAGGCCGCCAAAACUGGGAGAUAGCCCCCCCCAAGAAGAGGUGUAUUUUUACUGUAUCGGCACCAGAGGAGUGACAACUACACAAACACAUCUCUCACCAUUCAAAAGCACUGUGUUUAUAAUUGGAUUCCUUCACUUUGUAAUUCUCUGUUCUUACUACUAGCCAUAUUACUCCCAGUCAAUCAUAAUAAACGUAGACCUUCAGGGGGACAAAAUAAAAUUAACACGAUGAUUGGAAAAGUAUCGAAGUAAUAUAGCGAAAAAAUUAACAAGAAACGCUAAACAUUAACAAUAUGGUUUGAGAAUGAGGAAAGAAAAAAGUAUGUAUAUAUAAAGAUUGGAACUUCAAAUCUAGAAGAAGAUAAUGAGUGAAUAUGUCUGCGUUAUUAUGAACUGUUCUAAGCCAUUGUUAUAUACUUACUUUACAGGUUUAUUAUAAAAAGUUGACCGUAAAUCAAGUUCUCUUGAGUAUUGCUUAGUUGUGCUAUAUUUUGCAGUUGUAUUCUUGAACACAUUUUGAAACUAAAGUCAAAGUGAAGAAUGAAAUGACAUAAAUAUUCAGAGAGAAUAUACAGUUGUGUUUCCAAUACACUAUAUUGAUUUUUAGUCAUUCAUUUUAGUUGGAUAGUUGACCCUUUCACAUUUUAACUACAAUAAUAAAAGUCUUUAUAUACAGGGAAUAAUAGUGUAUAAAUUUGAGAAUAUAAUCCUCUUUGAUUAGUUUUAAAAUGGCUAAAAGGUGAGAUUAUAAUAUAUGGACGAACUUUGAACGACGCCAGACUGUCCUUGAGAGUGUCCACCUGGAAUAAAUGGGGGUUAUAAACCAGUGUGAGGAAUUGGAAAUAUGGUUUACAGUUGGUGAUUAAGGUUAGAAACUAAAUUUAGGGUUUUCAUCACGAAUUGACAUCAGCUAUAAUGCCAAAAUGCCAUUUAGCCAAAUGAAUGAGUGAAUUUCGCGCCAAAACUCAAGACCUAUUAUCUUAUACCUGAUUGGUUCAUCCAUAAAUUAUAGUCUGGCCAAUUCUCUCGUUGUGAAGUCUGAACCCAUGCCAGAAUAAGAGAUGAGUUGUCACCAUUGAGUUACUACUCAUUUGUAAUUGACUUGAUGUUGUUAAUCAAGUUGUUUCUGUAUUCAUCUAUCUGAAUUUUUGAUAUAUUAAUUAUAUUAAGUUCUUUUUUUCAAUCCAAUAUCUCUGUUAAGUAUCUCAUUUUAAAUGCAACAGUUUUGUGAGGUGAUAAACAUUAAACCAUCAUAGAUAAACACGUAUUCAUUAAUAUAAGUAAUUUCACCAAUGAAAACCUUAUUAGAAUUUCUAAUGUUUUAUACAAAUAAUUAUCAUGUAUAUUCUAUUUAAUAUUGGUUAGAAUAGUACACAUUAAGCUGUUUUAUGCAACUAAUAUUAAGUCUUGAAUGCUAUUACUAAUGUUUCCGGUGAUACAGUGGUCUUGAGUGUUGUUAGAGGUAUGAGGGUGGUUAUCAAUUCCCGGUCGCUCACACUGUGAAAGGGUUCUUCUGGAGGUACCUGAAAAGGAGAUUGGGUUAGAGGUAGUCUUAAUGACCUGAGAGUGUGACCGCAGUGCUCAAGGGAUAACUGCUUGAAGUCGGUCACACACGACCUUUUUAUGAGUGAUUUUGUGUUAGCUCCGUACUUGUUGAGACCUUAACGCCGGAGACGGAUAUCCGUGGGAUAAGACGAGAUGUGCAUUUUUAGGGUCGACCUUCUCUAACCCCACCCCUCCUUGUGGGAAGGCAGCAUUGCUGUCAUGCUGGUUGUCUGAAGGAAACACCUUACUGCCGUCACACCUCUGUACAGUCAGCAAUACGACUUCUCUUUUGGACUUUGAGUUUCCUGCUUUUAGUCUUACCACUAUUCAACUGACCUGUGUGGCAUGGUUGGAACUUGAGGAACGUUUGUUCCAGCCAGUAUAGCUCGAUUGAUUCAUGACGAUAGGCAAUCCCGACCAUCACGUCAAGGUAGCAACAACGGUUGGGGUUUUCGGGGAUAAUUUUUGUUUGAUCAUUGUAUUUUGGAGUUUAAGAUAUGUAUCAUUGUUACCUUCAUUUUAUGUAAACAAAUAUUUCACGUAAUUGACAGUAGAUGUUAGUACGCACAGGUCAUAUACAUUUGUUGUUUCACACGAAUUAGAAUAAUCAGUUCACCACUUUUAUAAGCUAAAUCAAAAUGAAUAGUAAUUUGCAUAUAUAAAUGCAUGAUUCAUAAGUUGGCAUAGAAAAUACUCAUCUUUUUAAAGAAAGAAACAAAGAGUACUGUUAAUAUGUAAAUUUUGUCUCUUAGUUAAAGUUUAAUAUGUUAACUUUGAUUUAAUUGAUUUUUAUGUUGUUCAAUUUCAUAUGGUGUUAGAUUAUCAGCUACUUAUUAUAUUUGUAUUGAGUUUUUGGUAGAUGUUCAUUGGUAAUCUUAUUAUUUUGAUGAAGUUUUGUUCUCUGAGCUGGAUGAUUUGGUCGUUGAGCUUUCAUCAUUCUUCUGAACAACAUCAUCAACACAAACGUGAUGCUCCACGAUCAAACCAUCCAUCUCAGAUAACAAAAUCAUCUACAUUAGCUACAAAUCCCCACCAUCUCAAAAUCUUAUUAUUUAUUUAUUUACACACAUAAACAUUGGUACAAUAAGGCACCAACUAUAUAUAUAUAUAUAUUACUUACUUACUUACUUACUUACGCCUGUUACUCCCAAUGGAGCAUAGGCCGCUGACCAACAUUCUCCAACCCACUCUGUCCUGGGCCUUCUUUUCUAGUUCCAUCCAAUUCUUGUUCAUUUUUCUCAUGUCUAUUUCCAUUUCUCG